AUGGCGUUCCCUCCAAUCAUGACCGCGACCAUCCAAUCCGCCGUUCUGGCAGCAACGUCCAACAUCCUGGCGCAAUGCCUCACAUCAUACCAGUUUGAGACACCCCUCAUGAUCGACUGGGUCCCAGUCUUUCAUUUCGUCCUCUACUCGUUCCUCAACGUGCCGCCCAACUUCCUCUGGCAAGAAUUCCUCGAGUCGGCAUUCCCCGCCUCGCGCCUCGUGCCCACCUCCGCCGCCAUCGCCUCAGCCGGCGCAGGCAACGAGAAGGAGCUCGAGCGGGAGGCCAAGGAGGGCCGGCUCGUCGAGCCCAAGCUCAACAAGCGCAACACGGUCAUCAAAUUGGUAUUAGACCAGACCGUCGGCGCCGGCCUCAACACGUUCCUGUUCAGCCUGUUCAUCCACUCCAUUCAGGCCGCCAUGGCGCGCCCGCUCGGCUCGCCCCUCGCCAACCCGGACCAGAGCCUGCGGUACCUCGUCUCGCGCGACGCCGUCGAUUACGGCAAGGUCGACUGGGCGGCCGUGGUCGCGAGCAGCAAGGGCGAGUUCUGGUCUAUUGUCCAGGCGGGCUGGCGGCUGUGGCCGUUUGUUAGUUUGGUUAACUUUACGCUUGUCAAGACGAUUGAGGGUCGCAACCUUGUGGGGAGCUUGGCUGGUGUGGUAUGGGGUAUCUACAUGAGCCUCGUUGCGGCCCGUUAG